AUGCCUACCAAGAGGCUGAGUGAUAACAUGCGCCGUCGCUGUGCCGCAGCUUGUGAGAGCUGCAAACGCCGAAAAGAGCGAUGCGACGGCAAUUUGCCAUGUCGUCGAUGUGCCAUUCGACAAAUUGCCUCAGAGUGUCGCUAUUCAACCCCAAAACGUCGCGCGUCCGUCUCCUCACGCCAGAGUGUCAGCGUGGUGUCAAGGGAUCCGCCGGAGCCACUGGCAGACAUGCUGCUGAACUACUCGAUCGACCAACCACUUGACCUGACGGCGAGCCAGCUUGGAGACUCAUUCUUGGACAUCGGCGCCUCGUUCCCCGACACUUAUCGACUGGGAGAGAGUGACCAACAUGGCUCCGUUUAUUUCGGGGAUGCAGCCAAUGAAUCAUUCCUUCAGCAGAUUCGUCAGCUCGUUGCUCGGACACUGGGGCCGUGUCCCUUUGUCGACCAGCCGAUACAAUAUCAUACCAACCAUGAUCCCUCAUGCCCCGCUUCCGUGUCCGAUCCCCCACCAAAGCCCAGCUCGUCCCAUGCGAAGCAACUGGUAAGUUGGGGCAUGCAAGCAACAAGUCAUUUGCUGGGUGCUUUGGACGAAUCAGAGGUUCAGACACAAGUAGACGACUGGAUACAGCAAGACGACGAUGCUGAAAGCCUCUCCUCCGCAAUAUGCUACUUGAUUCUGGCAAAUGGUGCGCUAACGUGCCCGGGAGACGAAGAUGCGACUGCGGAAGCAUAUUACACGUACGCGAGAUACCUGACGAAUUCAAAAUCUCACCAAGGACCAAGCCUCUCGGCGAUUCUGUGUCAUAAUUUGAUCGCUUUCUAUCAGAUAAACUCAGGAAGACGAGACGCUGCAUAUCACUCCAUCGGGGUCGCAUGCCGACUUGCAUGCGCCAUGGGUAUCCAUAAAGUGAACAAGCCGCAACACAUGAGUCGCGCCGAUUCUGCUUUUCGCGAACGUCUUUGGAAAGCACUGCGACUGUUUGAUACUUUCGCCAGCGGUUCCUUGGGUCGACCUAUCUGCACCUAUGAGACUCGCAACACCAAGGCCGAGAAGGGCUAUUCUUCCGCCAUCGACAUGGCUGCUAUUCUCGAAGCCGUCUUAAGGGAGGUCUACGGGCCCUCCAAGGUUUCAAGACACUUCAUCACAAGCAUGACGCAGGAACAUCGCUCAUGGGCAUCUCGCAUGAGUUCCGGCCUAAAGACUGAUGGGCUAGAGUGCGCGGAACAAACCCAAGGCUGUGAUUCAGUACCCACGCUGGCAUCCUCUAAUAUGAGACAGUCAUACUACUGGUCCAUCAUGCUGCUGACCCGGCCUGUGCUCCUUGACCUAGCGGCUACACGAGCAAUGCGUGAAGGGGCCAGCGAUCGAGAUGGAAAAGGAAUCUCAACACCAUCACAUCCCGACACAGCUCUUGUGUACGCUUCAGUUGACUCAGCUGUUCGCAUUGUACGCUUGCUUCAGAGUGUUCUGACGAGGGAUGAUUUACCCAAACGGAUGCCAUUUCCCGUCCACUCUGCCUUUACUGCCGCUCUGACCCUGGGGGUCGCUAACUUUGCAGAUCUGGACCACGUUUUCCCGCUGCGAGCGAAUUUGGAAAUCGUUGGUCAGCUGCUGCAGAGGCUUGAAAAGUAUGAUAGCAUCGCUAGGUACUACUGCCAAGUUGUGCAGCAGCUCCAAUCCGCAUGUGAAGAGUAUGUUGAGCAGCGGAAUAACCGCAUCAUUGAGAAGCAGAGCCAUCUAGUCGGUGAGCUAUUCGGGCGUCUCCAAGAAAAGUCACCUUUGCCAAAGUACAAGUGUGGGAGGGUGGGCAGUGGGUGGAAUGAUGAGAUUGUGGUGGCCCAGGAGCUUCAAACCCCGACAGCUUCUCUGUCUACCAUCUCUUUGACAGAGGGUUCGACUCUAGGAGUUGACCUUGGUAGUGUUGGUGGAGAUCCCGAUGAUCUAUCUUUGGACUUGUUUCAAGAUUCGUCGUUACUCGAUAUGUCUCAUAUCGAAGAUACCUCAGAUGUAGGUAGUAUGGUCUUCUCUAGCUUGAGCUGGUUUCAAUAG